AUGUUGCAGCUACAUCACAGGUUGUCGAAGCUACUGCCAAUAGCAAGGAAUGGCAUCACAUGCAAUGUUUCACAAUACCACUCUCCAGUGUUACGUCAGAUCCAUGAACAUUACUACAGUCAUUUUCUCAACAAUCCAAAGUACAGGACAGUUGCUAGAUCAGAUUUGAAUCUACAAAAGGAACUUCUGAAUAGGCAUUUCCUUCAAGUGAAUCCAGCUGGUCUUAGUGACACUGAGUUACUCCAAGCUAUUCUUUUGUGCCGUGACUCUUCAGUCUUCAAGAGCAAAUGGAAAGAUUUGGACAGGGAGUGUUGUAAAAGAAUAUCAAAAUUCAGCUUCAGCAUAAGUGUACAAAUCAUGGAUUCAUGGAUAACUCAACUUGGCAACACAGCGUUCAAUGGAGAGUUUUUUGCUUGCGCUGUGGCUUACUGGGCUUUACACGUCAGGUUUUCUACAAAGGAAGAGUUUGUUCACCUGGUGUACUUGUUGAGUCGAAAGAAAUCUGUGCCUGAAAAUCUGUCCAGCUCAUUGAGUACAAACCUGUACAAAUUUCUUCCGUCUCUCACUCCCAGGGAACUUGCUGUUGUCUGCAGUAGCCUUUUUAAGCUCAAGUGCAAAGAUUUUGAUUUCACCACUCUAAACAAAGUGGCCACAGAGGUGGAGCAGCUUAUGCUUCUGCAUGAAGACCGUUUUGACCUUAUCAGUGUGCUGAAAUUCUUGAGAAUGUGCAAAUACUACAAAGAGACAUUGUUAGCGAAACUCACCAGCUACAUUCUUGCACAGUGUGACACAUUUAAUGUGACCGAGUGUGCACAUUUCUUAGCGACUUACUCGAGUGUGAAGGUUUGCGAAAGAGAUGUUUUCGAGAAACUUGAAGCUCGUGCUUUCUCUUCAUUGAAAACUUUCAUCAAAAGGGGUGUAACGAUAGAUUCAAAAAUGCAUCCUUCAAUUGCACCAAGGAUAAAAGAUGUUGCCAGGGUCUUAUGGGCACUUGCCAGUGUAGGACACCAGAUUAGCAACUUGAAUUCAACUAUGGCUGUUCAGUUCAUUGAGGACAACUUUCAUCCAGACACAAUCCCACAUGUUCUAGAUGCACUUCAAUCGCUGGCAUGCUUCGGUGUCUACCCUGAAGACCUCACAUGCCGAGCUUGUGCAUCCAUAACUGAAAAUCACCUGACACACCACCCCAAAAAAAAACUGUUCCAACAGUUUGUGUUUGUUAAAAAUUCUGCGCUGAUUAUGCUGAGCCGGCAGAAACUGCCUCCCUUGCUUAUGUCGCAUGCUGUUGAUGCCAGCCUCAUCCAUCGUCCCAGUCUCAUGAACUUGAUCAAUCUCUACAACUCCGAAGGGCUUUGUCCAAGCUGUAUAUUACCUCAUAUCAGAAUAGCAGGAGUGGCAUUGGUAGUUGCUUCAGCAUUGUCCUUCACACCAGUAAACAACCUGGAAGACCUACUUUCAAGGACAAGAAGAACUGUGCACGUCUCUCCUCUCAUACUCAAGGGUCUUGUUGGACAUAAUGGUCUGGACAAAAUUCAGGAUGACAGUGUAGUCCCCUCAAGUGUUCGCAUUCCUGUCAGCAUUGAAGUCUUGGAUCAUAGUGUAACUCUCCGUAACUCUUCAGCAUCACUUCUAGGGGUUAUGAGAGCAAAAGUAGAACAGCUGAAAACUUUGGGCAUCAAGGUUGUGUUCCUGACUCCGAGUUGCAUUGAGUCACUUUCAAAAUUGCCCCACAAAAGUAGACGUGACUGGCUGAAUGAUGUGUUAAGAGACUGUAUCAAGCUUUCUCAGAGUGAACUGUUUUAUAGCUCUGAAAAUGUGUGACACGGGGCAUCCACUAGACAUAUAAUAAAGGAAAUGGUUUUCCAUAA